AUGAAUAAUAAUGGAAAAUUUAACAAUGGAUCUGAUCCAUUGAUUAUGCAUAAUCAGUAUCCACCAUGGAUGGAACAACCAUAUAUGAAUCAAACAACUCAAUAUUAUCAACUACAAAAUCUAACAUCAAAUUUUCUUGAUUCUAAUAAUCCAAAACGAUUAAUGCAAUCGUCUAAAUCUAUAAAACGUAAACAAGAUAAUUUAACUUGUGAUAUAUGUGGAGUCGAAGUUAAUUCACAGCAAAUGAUGGAUUCUCAUAUUCUUGGGCAAAAACAUAUGAAAAAAAUGAAACUUAAAACAAUAGAAUCAGCUAAUCACACAUCUGACAACAUUGAUGUUAAACAAAAGCCCGUAGUAGAAUCAGAUUCAAAACUCGAAUCAAAUCAAUCUUCUACUAUUGUUAAACCAUCAACUUCAUCUGAUAAAAGAAGUGCUUCACAAUUAAUGAAUGAAUUAGCCAAAUUUAAUAAGGUAACUGCUAAAUAUGAUGUAAUAAAAGAAACUGGCCCACCGCAUCGUAAACAAUUCGAAGUACAAUUAACUAUUGCCGAUGAAAUUUAUACAGGUACUGGAACAAGUAUUAAACGAGCACAACAAAUUGCUGCUGAACAAGCUUUAGCAACUACAGCAUUGAAAAAACCUGAACAAAAACAACGUACAUUAAAUUCAACACGAAUGAUACCUACACGAAAAAUACCUGCAGAUGAUUCUCAACAAUACACACUUUCAUCUACAAGUCAACAACAACAACAACAACAAAUAGAUCCAAUUAAUGACAAUACAUUUGAAAUGUUCUUAAAUAAAAAACAUACUGAUAUAAUUGAAUAUGAUAGUACAAUAAUAGCAGUAAAUCAUUUUGUUGAAAACAUUGAACGAGCUAUGAAACAUGUUUCUGAUAAAAUGAUGGCAGAAUAUCAACAAAAAAAUAUACGUGUUGUACCAAAAUUACUAGAUAAUAUUCAAUCAAAUAAUAUUGAACAAAUUAACGAAGAUUCAUCAGAAUCAUUUCGGUAUACACGAACAAAAUAUAUAUAUGGGGCUGGUCAACCUGGCCGGAGGCCCCAUUAA